ACAACCUCACAACUGCAUGGACAGUUAGCAACAACAAAUGGCUGAGAGCGGACUUCGGUGUGUGUCAGAUUUUCAGCAAGAAUCCGUCUGAUCAAGAACACUUCGCGGCACCGAAUUUUAUUUGCACCAAAGACAAGCUUCCAGUGGCGCAUAAACUGAAAUUUGAAACGUCCGCGCAGUUUGUGAUGAAAUCUACGGCGAUGCGAUAACUGUGAUGGUGGGUAUCGAAGCUGUCGUGCGAACCUCGCCCGAGCGCACGGAACACUCGUCGACGCACGAUCGCGAAAAGUUAUGACUUCUUACAAUGGCACUACAUCGGCACCGGCGGCGACUCGCCGUUGAAGAAUGUCGACCGGCACAGCCGCUGCCGCAGGUCUGGCGUCCACGGGCGGGCAGGCCAUGCGGCCAAGUUUCUCGGCUUCCCCGUCGUUCUGGAUCGCAACCCGUCUUCCGUCGGCAACCCUGUGUGCCUUUGCGACCUUUGUGCUCACCUUUGUGGCGCUGCAGCAGAGCAACGAAGUGAUCCGGCAACAAAACGAGGAGCAGGUCUAUGAAUGGCUCGAAAAAAGUGGCCUUGGCAAGCACAAGGAGACUGUCUUCCAGCAUAUUUGCCAUUCUUUGGUGGACUGCGCUUCCCGCGACGAGGCGAGUUGGGAGGACGCUGUGAUCGCGCUCAAUCGGCGCGGCCUCCCUAGCGACGCGAGCGCCGCGUUUCGGCUGGCCGCUGGUCGUCUGCGCUCGAGGCUAGUGCUGCUCCGCUGGCUCCGCGCCCAUUACGCCGAGCAGACGACGACGGACGCGGUGACGGCGCCAACGCCGCCGCCACCGCCACUCGCCGCUCGGUACGACGGCGACGAGGAAGCACGGGUGCCUUCUUCUUCCUCUCCCACAACACAGCCCCCCAAGCGUGCCAACUUCCUCGCUGGCGUGGACAGCCUGGAACAGCUGGUGCAGCGGGCGCGGGAGGAGGGCGGGGCCAAGGACCAUUGGCCCGCCCAGGUGGUCCACGCUCUCGGACUCUUGCCCAGGGAUCCGCAGGCGGUCCGGGCGACGGCCGAAAAGCUCUGGCAGCGUCUGCUUCGGGAGCGCGAGGAGCCAUGGGGAACCGGGGGCAUGGUGUGCGUGUGUGCGCUGGCGUCGCUGCUGGUGGGCGUGGCCUCCAUGAUGCCGGCCCCCUCGGGCAUCUUGUGUGAGCAGUCGGCCAAGCUCGGCUUCCUCGGCUACCUCACCGGCAAGUACCUCUCCCCGGCCAGCUGCAAGGUCGACUUCGACUGGCAGGAGCCCCAGGAGGUGGGCUCCACCGUCACCUUCACCGUCAAGUUCUUCCAGCGCAAUGGCCGCGCCUACCCAAUCUGCAACGAAGACCCGCUUCUGGUGGAGGUGGUGGCCGGGGGCGGGCACAAGGUGGCCUGCGACGUGCAGCUGGGAGGGGCCCAUCCGAGCGAGGCCAAUCAGGCACGUGUCCAGUUCACUGUGCGGCGUGCCGGACCAUGCAGCGUGUCGGUGCUCCUCGGUAUGGUUCAUGUGCGGGGCUCCCCCUUCCUCAAGAACUUCCUGCCGGGGCGCCCGGAUCCGCAGAAGACGGGCUUCAUCCACCACAGCUGCACGGUGGUGUGCACCAGGGAUCUGCCGCACCACCUGUUCCUCGAGCCCAGGGACAAGUACAACAACCCCUGCCUCGUGGACGCCCGGGCCGACCCCAGCGACGAGUACAGUGUCGACAUCGUUGAGGUUGAUUCCAGCCGACCGGUGCCGUCUUCUUUCCGCUGGGAGUGCCAUCCACAGAACUCUAGGAUGGCACUGGUGCUGAGUCUGGACAAAGAAGGCUGCUACCAGGUGAAAGUCUCCUACCACGGCACCAGCCUCAGCAAUGGAGAUUUCCACGUCAUUGUGCUCUCAAAGAGUGACAUGGCGCUGGUUCAGAAAAAUGUGGCCAAGAAAAGCCACAACAUCUGGUACGAGGCCAAGCUGAUUGCAUUCAACUCUGAGAAACUGCUCAAGCCAAAGACAGUCUUCGUCUACAUCUCACCAAAGCAACUGACGAUAAAGGAAUACGUCCUGAGGAUCAUUCCGAAGCGACUCGUCACAUUCCGGCUCUGCCCGAGCACAAAGUUCCAGUUCCGUGGCAGCAACAACCAGGACGGGGAACCGGUGCUGGUGGUGGACGACGGGUGCCAGCCCCAGGUGGAGAUGGUGUCUCCCGAGAGGGACGUCAUAGCGGCCACCUUCACGCAGUUCCUGCUCAAGAACAUUGGAGGGUCGGAGACGUUCAAGGACAAGCUGGAGUUCUUCUACCACGAGGUGCGCAAGCUGCACCAGAAGCAUUUCCACGACAAGCUCCAGCUCAAGGUCGCCAGGGACAAGAUCCUGGAGUCUUCUAUGAAGGCCACCAAGAGUCUGAGUACCAGCGACUGGUGCAAGAACUUCGAGAUCAUCUUUCUCGGCGAACAAGGGCUCGACUGGGGAGGACUCCAGCGCGAGUGGUUCGAAGUCCUCUGCUCGGCCCUCUUCGACCCGGAGAACCAGUUGUUCCAUCGCUUCAAGAACGAUAAGCAGGGACUGGUGCACCCUAAUCCCCGGCGCCCGUCGCACCUCAAGUUGAAGCACUACGAGUAUGCGGGGCGCAUCGUGGGCAAGUGCCUGUACGAGUCGUCUUUGGGCAGCGGCUACCGGCAGCUGGUCAAGGCUCGCUUCUCGAGGUCCUUCCUCGCCCAGCUCAUUGGGCUCAGGGUACACUUCAAGUACUUUGAGCAGGACGACCCAGACCUGUACGUCUCCAAGAUUAAGUACAUUCUCGAGAACGACAUGGACGACAUGGAGCUUUACUUCUGCGAGGAGGAGUACACCAGCACCGGUCAACUUCUCAAGACGACGGAGCUGGUGCCUGGGGGCUCUCGGAUCCGUGUUGACAACCGCAACAAGCUACUGUAUCUGGACGCACUGGCCCAAUUCCGGUUAGCAACCUGCGUGCGCGAUGAGGUGGAGCACUUUCUCAAGGGGCUCAACGAACUCAUCCCCGACAACCUCCUCUGCAUUUUCGAUGAGAACGAGCUUGAGCUGCUGAUGUGUGGCACUGGCCAGUACAGCAUAGCCGACUUCAAGGCCAACCACACAGUCAGCGGGUUCUCCUUCGAGUUUAGAAAGGUGUUGGAUUGGUUCUGGACGGCGGUGUCCAACUUCACGGAGGAGGAGAUGGCCCGGCUGCUCCAGUUCACCACGGGCUGCUCGCAGCUGCCGCCAGGGGGCUUUGCGGAGCUCAACCCCCGCUUCCACAUCACCUCGGCACCCACCUUCGGAAACCUGCCCACUGCUCACACAUGCUUCAACCAACUCUGCCUUCCGGACUACGACUCCUACGAGCAGUUCGAGCGAGCCCUCCGGAUUUCCGUCAACGAAGGGACUGAGGGCUUCGGCAUGAUCUGAUUGGACGCUCCCGCCUCUUCCGAAUCUCCAUCUCCGCUGCCGUUCUCCGCCUUCUUCCUCGUCAUUCCUCUUUAAGUAGCUCCCGACGUGACUUUUCUGGAGUUGCGACCGCUCCUGGUCGCGGAACGUUGGCGCCGCGUUUCCUUUUUUUAAAGGCGUUCCAAGAAACCGCGUCGGAGCUUACGACGCGUGUAGCUACGCCCGUUGUUGAACGACUUCAAUUUUUUCGGUCGCUUCGUGGCCGUGAGUUACUCCGUACUCUUAGGAGGAUUGAGCCUGCGGCAGCAUGCCCCCGCCGUUCGUGACAAAGCAAAACUUCUGUUGCUAAAGAGUGCCUUGGUGCCGUCUAUUGGAUUCCGCUUUGUGCCGGGCGCAAGAAAGCGACCUUUGUGAGUGUUGCACACUUCGGAGACGUUCUAGGCCGCGUUUUUUGUUCAUUUGUUGGUUUUAGACGUGUCGUGAAACUCUGGGAGACCCGACGAAGCCUGGUUUUUGGCGGCGGCUUCUUUUCGUCUGGGAUUAGGUCGAGCGUGAGACAGCUGCCCACACUUCCAGCGUUUGUCCGACGUUUCCGAGUUGCCGUUGUGCGGCGAGGAAAGAGAGGUGCUAACCCACGCAACGUUUUCGUUGGCCUCGCCUUGACCUCAGCGCAUUCUUUAAGUUCCUAGUUCCUUGUUAGUGAAACUAAAGUGAGAGUAGCCGGUACUUAAUUCAACUCAUUGGCGUUGGCCAGGGGGACUCUCGUCGACUUCCUCAAAGUGUGGAAGAGGAAUAUGCACGGCGUGUUUCUGGAUAGCUUGCGGGAACCUGCUGCUGCCAGUUUUACGAGUUAAGCCUUAGCAUAAGCAGCAGGUCAAAGUUAGUCUACGAAUACUAGCCUGGUACACUCGAGUAGCCUCUCUUUCUACUUCUCGCGACCAAGCCAAAACGUUUAAACCCCAUCUUGUGCCAGACGACGAAUCAGCCAUUUCAUUGUCAUCCUGUUUAUCGUCGAAGCGGCGUUAUUGGGUCGCCAUAGAACGUAGCUUCUGGGCGUGCUUCGUCUCAUUCGUCGGUGCAAACCUUUUUCACUUUGCGAGCACUUUUUGCAGGGAACUGGCGUGCUGUGUUCCGUUUUUCUCUUAUCGAACUUUAGGCAUAGUUGUUUUAGGGGACCAUCAUUGAUCAUUCUGCGCAGUUUCUUUCUUCUUAUAUUUUUUUUUAUAUGUAUAUAGGGGAGUAGCAUUCUUUUUGAUGCUAGGCAAAACUACGCUGUCUAGUCAAGUUUGCAUCAAACUUGUCGCACGCGCGAAUGUCUUCUGUGUGAGAGGUUUGCGUUGCCCGUCUGUUUCUCCCUUUUAGACGGGACACACCAAAUACGGUUUCAAGCGAAACGCCCUGCGAGGUGACACUCACCUUUUUCGCUACAUGGUCUUCAAAGUGCGCGCAUGCAAAACUGAGCGACGUAAUAAACAUGGAAGUCUUUAACUUAAAA